CCAGCCAUCAAUUAUGGCGAAGUGCAAGAUGACGAGAUCGCCGUCCUACAGGCGAUAUACAUGGAUGAUUAUCAAGCCAUAGAGGUAAAGGGAGCCUGGAGCAAGACCACCGAUCGUAGCUUCAAAUUGCACCUUCGAUCUUCCUCUGAUCCAGAUGCAUGCGUUGACCUUUCUGUGACCUUCACAGCGACAUACCCAAAGACUGUGCCCAUAUUGGAAGUUCAAGGUCUCGACACUUUUCAUGAACGAACGCAGAAGCGAAUUCGUAACGUCAUCCAGACUCGCCCGUUGAAACUGAUUGGCGAAGUGAUGAUUCAUAUCAUUGGCGAGGAGAUUCAGGAUGCACUAGAGGAUGCUGUGAUCUCUCGGCAACAGGGCACAUUGCCCAGCCUAGAAGACGAACGCGCCAACGCCGAGGAAGUGGCAAGCACUUUGGCCAAGGCAGCGGAAGAAGCAGAAGCUCGUCACCUGCUUGAAACUCAGGCGGAAGAGGAACGUAUGCUCAAACAAAUGGUAUCUGAAGAAGUGCAUCGUCGAGAAAAGCGAAAGCCUGUCAAGCACACGAACGAAAGUUCUAUGCCUGGGUCGAAUGAAGCAAGUGCUGAAAUCGUUUCAUUUGACAAUCCAGUCAGCUUGAAUACCGGCAGCGGAUCCGAGACCUUCAAAGAGGUGCUUCUCACAGCCCUCCUGGUCCAGAAUGGCGACGAGAGCACGUUCCUGGCCAAGCCUCGAGACGCCACCUCUGUAAACCUGCCUAUAUUGAGCGUCAAGCGACACCGCGUGGCAAAGGAUCGAAGCGAAAUUAUCGAGCUCGAGUCCAUACUGAACACUGUUCAGAAGCUUCGCCACACAAGUCUCCUGAAUCUCCUUGCCUAUCGGGUAAACAAAGUAGACCAUCUUUCCUCCGAAUUGAUCAUUUGCCAGGAAUAUGCCGACCGUGGUACCUUACAAGAUCUUCUAUCGUUCAGUGAUGUUCAUCUAGACAAGGCUCGUCAAUGGACAAUAGAGCUUCUCGAAGGGCUCGAUUUCAUACAUCGCAAUGGGGUGUCACAUGGUGAUCUCGGCAUUCAUGCUGUGGUUCUGUUAGGCAGUCCCAUCGUAUCUGCCAAGCUGAGUGGUUUCGGUUUUGCUGCCAAGAUCAAGAACAAAGAUCACGAGCCUCUUACGAAGUGGUCAGCUCCAGAACUCGACGACUCAUUGUCUUCGCAACGUCACACUGAUAUAUGGAACCUCGGAGUGAUCCUGGUUCAGCUCGUUCUGAGCUUGAAUGUGAUCACAAAGUAUCAUUCCCCUUCUAACCUGGCGAGUAGACUUGAAUUCUCCAGCUCAUUCGAGGAUCUAUUCCAUCGGAUCUUUGCAACAGACCACAAGAAGCGACCAACAGCUUUUGAUCUUUUGCCCGCCGAAUUCUUACGCACUGAUAGUCCCGUGACUGAGCAAUUGACCUUGCAACCACCCCGCGUUGUCUCUCACCAUAGACGGCUUAGCUCCGGCGUGAGCAGUCCAUUACAAACUCGUCGCUCACGUCAUGGUUCGUCGGGAAUGCUCGAUCCAGUGUCUCGUUACCUCAGCGACUUCACAGAAAUUGGACGACUCGGUAAAGGUGGUUUCGGCGAAGUCGUCAAGGCCCGAAACAAGCUCGACGGUGGUAUCUACGCGGUGAAGAAGAUCCGACAAGCGCCUCAACUACUCGACCGAGUCCUUUCGGAGGUCAUGCUUCUCAACCGUCUCAAUCAUCCUUACGUAGUGAGGUAUUUCUCCACCUGGGUAGAGAUUGAUAUGGCAGAGACGAUACCCGAGGAAGCAGUGUCAACAUCGGAGGAUGUAACUUCGGAUGAAGAUGCUUCUGAUGGUCCUCGAAUCGACUUUGGCUACGCUAGUACAGGAGGUCUCGACUUCGUCAGCUCCUCGAGUAUACACGGAUUUGAAUUUGGUGUCGAUGACAGUGACGAUAGCAGCGGUGAUUCAACCGAGGAUGGAUCUAGCUAUGCCAAUGGCAAUCUUCGUCUGAUGAGACCUCGCUCCGAUUCACAUCGGCCAUCGUCGAUUAUGUACAUCCAGAUGGAGUAUUGCGAACGUCGUACCUUGCGGGAUCUCAUCCAUAGAGGUAUGGAUGAAGAUGACUCGUGGCGGUAUGUGCGUCAGAUUACAGAAGGUCUGGCGCACAUCCACAAUCACGGCAUCAUCCAUCGGGAUCUCAAACCCGACAACGUGUUUCUCGAUGUAGCUUUGCUGCCAAAGAUUGGUGACUUCGGGCUGGCGACCACUGGGCAAUAUCAAAUACCAGAACGACAGGGUGGCCUGAAAGGAAACAGCGUUGACAUGACGAGAAGUAUAGGUACAGCAUUAUACACCGCACCCGAGCUGCGUUCCAAUUCAGGGUCCUCAUACACCGACAAAGUUGACAUGUAUUCCCUGGGGAUCAUGUUUUUUGAGAUGAACGUAGCUUUCAGCACAGCAAUGGAACGAAUCAAUGAGCUGCAAUCUAUCCGUGAGAAGGAUUUCGAAUUACCCGCUGAACUGGAAGCCGCCGGAGACAAAGCUGCGCAAGGUCGGCUUAUCAAGCAUCUCAUCUCGCACAAACCUAGUGAACGUCCGAGCAGCACAGAACUGUUGAGAAGCGACAUCUUGCCGAUCAAAAUUGAAGAUGAGACGAUUCGACAAGCUCUCAGCGGCCUCUCAGACCCGCGAUCUCCUUACCACCAAAAGAUGAUGUCGGCCCUAUUUGCGCACGAUACUGCUAGCUCGCAGCGUGUGAAGGCGUUAGCGUGGGAAGCGAAAGCAACCACUGCGCCAGAAGACUCUGUCCGCAUCAGAUUGAGAGGUAUUGUGCGAACAACACUGGAGAAUAUAUUUCGCAGACACGGAGCAGAAGAGACUCGCCGCGACAGCAUUCUCCCUCGUUCGGCAGUCUAUACGAACCCUAAUGUCAUGCAACUCUUGGACGCCUCAGGGAAUCUUCUGCAGUUACCUUAUGAUUUGACUUUACCACAUGCUCAGCAACUUGCUCGUCAAACAUGUAAUGUCAGAUGCACAUUCGCUUUCGGAUGCGCGUACCGGGAUGCAUUCACCGGCGGACCUCCCAGAGCAAAUGAAGAAGCUGAUUUCGACAUUAUCAACUGUGGAAAUGACGAUAUCGCGCUGGACGAUGCUGAAGUGAUUAAGGUGAUCGGCGAAGUCAUCAGAGAGCUUCCAGUGUCGAAUAGUUCCCAAGGCGUGGCAAUCUACCUAAACCAUGGAACGCUCCUCGAUGCAAUCCUAGAUCAUUGUCGCGUGUCACCAGCACAUCAACACGCUGUGAAGGAGACACUCAGCAAGCUCGGAUUCCAGCAGUGGACCUGGGCAAAGAUUCGAUCUGAACUGCGGAAUAUGGGGUUGACAGACACCACGCUGGACGACAUUCAACAAUUUGACUUUCACGAUGCCCCAGAAAAGGCCUUCGAUCGUCUGCAAGGAUUAUUCACACACGCAUCUUCUCGCGAUAUGGCUCGAUGGGAGAGUAGUCGCUUCCACUUGGGCAAGAUUCUGAACUUUGUCGACCAAUUUGGGAGCUCGCUUAAACUCCAGGUUGCACCGCUGAGCUGCUUUAAUGCCAAAUUCUAUGAGCGUGGUCUAUUGUUCCAGUGUGUCGUGGAACGUAAGACAAACCGCGUUGUCAUUGCCGCUGGAGGACGAUACGAUAGUCUGAUCGAGAAACACCGACCAGCCGAAGGACAAAUUGCUACACGAGGCGCGGUCGGGUUGUGCAUUGGUAUCGACCCCAUGGUGUCACACAUUGCUAAAUUGACCACCGGUGGAUCGAAAGGCGCAUUUAUGAAAGACACGAGUCAAUCUCAACGACUUCCAAAGCGAUGCGAAGUGCUAGUCGUCGCGAGCGGUGGCGGUGAGAGCUUACAAACAGCCGGUGUCAAGAUCUUAUCUACCCUUUGGAAUCACGACAUCAGUGCCGAGCUCGCCCAUUCCACAGUUCUUGAGACAGAUUACUCGUUCAUCGUGACUCUCCGCCACGCUGCCUCCAACAACGUCAAAGUCACCUCUACUGACGGCAGCGACGGCAGCGACUCCGAAGUCCCCAUCUCCACGCUUGUCACCCACUUGCACCAAGAACUCCGCGACCGCGCCAACACACGCACUCGCAUUCCCCCGCUCCUCCGUAGCCACUCAAGUCAAUACGGCGGUGGCAGCAGCAGCAACGGCACGAAAUCCUCCGCGUCCAACCACCAGCGUAACAAUGUCCAAGUCCUCCUCGCCCGCCACGGUAGCAAGAAGAGCAACAAGUACCACAUCGUCGAAGCCGCACAGCAGCGAUGGGCGGAGAAACUGGAUGCUAUCAAGACUUCCGCGUCGAUCCUCGCGGUCGAAACGAGGGAUGAUGUCCUCGAUCUUAUCCAGCAGACUACUUUGUCGGAUGCGGAGACCUGGCGGUCGGCUGUCCAGAGCGUGCAGCUUAGUGAGAGGCAGUAUGUUGGGCAAAUUCAGGAGGUCUUGGCGGGCUGGAAGAGGGAGUGGAGUGAAGGCGGGAGUGGAAAUGGGGCGUCACGGGAGGCGUGUGUUUUCAAUUUCCGAACGGGCAAAUGCGUGUACUAUGAUCUA